UCCUAUUGACAUCGGUAAGGUACGAUCGACCGGCUGAUCAUCCCAUCCGCAUUGUGAGCGCUUGCCAGUCAGCUGAGCCUCGAAAAUCGAGUACGUCCCGUACCGUCGAGAAUCGAGAGUGGUGGAUCGUGUGUGUAGCAGCAUCCAAGGAGCAGGCAGCUCUCAGCAGCAUCCCAUCUGUCCGACCGUGGAGCGUAUUCGCGGGGUAUUCCCAGUCGCUCGAGCGCUCAGUCAUCCGACAGCAUCGUCCGGGUGAACAUCGCUCGGUCGCGUGUGCUUCACAGUGGUGGAAAAAACUAUUCGAUCAAAUUAAAACGAGUGAAGUGUGAGCUAGUGAUGCCAAGAAGAAAGAUAUUUAAAAUCGAAUAACCGUCAAAAAGAAAAACAAAAAACCCCGAUGUGGAAAGUGAAGUGAUGAUCGUACAACACUUGCAGACAACGCGACUGCCUGGACUGUUGGCCGAUUAGGUCGACCAGUUUGUACAAUUUUAUGCGCCUGAAAGCAAACUGAUAGAAGAAGCUACUAUCAUUGCUGUUUGAUAUAUCUUCUUGGGUGCUUACGGUUAGUGGCUGAUAGUGGACUGAUUAGAUGCUGAGAUUGAAGGUGGGUAGUGGUUUAUGCACAUAAGUGGAACAGUGCAGCGCGGAGUGUUUUUGUGAGUCGGGGCAAAAUAUAGUGUGGCAGUGAGUUUUGUUUCCUGGUACCGAUUACGAUCGUUCGACAGCGUUUAUUUCGUUUUUUUUUUAAUUCCUCCGGUACCGCGGUACAGGGAGUGGGUGCCUGUGCAGCUGGUUGAUUGCAACGUGAGUGAUCCGAUUGAUUGACCGCAUAUUUGCCACAACCACCGGAAGUGAAUCGAACGCUCGAAGGAAGUUUGUCAGUGGUUGCUUUGUUCACGCUGUUAUUUAUAUUUGCCCAUCCAACACAAGCACACACGCGCAAGUCGUCGGCGGCCGGCUCUCCAUCAUGGUGCUGGUACUGAACGGUGUGAUACAGGAUGAGCGCCCCAUCAAUACCCAUGCACUGUUUCUCGAGCAUCCCGUAUACCGUGAAACGGCCACACAGCUGCUGUCCAUACCAACCAAAACGGUAGGUGCUCCGGGAUUGCUGUACGUUUGUCAGCGCGAAAUGGCCGCGGUGGCACCACACGACCGUAACGUCAACAUUAUUGGAUCCGAUGAUGCAACCACAUGCAUAAUCGUAGUCGUACGACACUCAGGAUCUGGAGCGAUCGCCCUGGCACAUCUGGACGGUAACGGGACGGACGAAGCCGUAUCGGCAAUGGUGGCCCGCGUACAGGAACUUGCAUUCGGCUAUCCCGAAGGGCGCAUCGAGCUACAGCUUAUUGGCGGCUUCAGUGACCCGCAAGGCUACGCGGAAGAUCUCUUCAGCAACAUUAUGCAAUCAUUCCACAAGCAUCCACUGGAGAUUGACCUGACACAGUCGUGCGUCGGCGAGCUGAACACAAUCGUGCGCGAUGACGUGAACUGGCCAAUCAUAUACGGUGUCGGCGUGAACAUUAAGACGGGUGAAAUCUUUCCCGCCACCUUCCCGGACAAGGGUCCGGAUCUUCCGCUGCGAAUGGCGCGACACUUUACUGGUAGCCAUCAGGUGCUAGACAUAUACGAUGCGGCGGUAGGCAUGUUACGGAUCGGCCCAUUCAAUUACGAUCCACUGCGCGGCGUUGAUCUGUGGUUGGCGCAAAGCGAUGAGUUUAUACUAAAGCAUCUCUCCACCAGCCCGGAUGUGGAACCGCCCCACUUUGCCAUGCAAGUCCGUGCCACACUUAGAUACAUACAGGACAAUCAAUUUCCGGCAGUUACCGUGUUUCGCAACAACAAUCCACACUACUUCCGGCGGGACGAAACGACAGGCUGUUGGGCACCGGUUCGAUAUUGAGCAAGGCGUUAUGCGUUAUGUUUUGACUGGAACAUUAAAUCAUAAGACAAAACAUGCGACCGUGCAUGACGAGGACCUUGUCCCUAGUAGACCUAUUUCCUUUUCCUACAAUCCCAUUGAUAGGACCCCAAAACAAAAGGUGUUGUAAAAAGAAGGAAAACUCAACCUCUCUAUGUAUCCAUCUCUCGCUUUCUCUAUUUUUCGCUUCCCAUAUUUAUCGAAGAAAAAAAAACUAUCGUGCCAAUAUACGAAGUGGUGGCUAUCGUCGUUGGUUGUCAAUAUUAUGCUCACAGUUUGUUACGUUACGUUUACUCUACUUUCCUCUGGACUUGGAUAAAUAAUUUUAGUGCCUUUUUAUUUGUUCCGGUAGCUCACAUUGGCUCCCGUUUCGCGCAUUGUUAGGAGAUAAGCUAGAGAACAAGGUGCCGCACAGUGUGCAGAAAUAGGGCUUCAUAAUGUACCGCAUGGUUUAACUUUUCCUUCCCUCCCCGAUACAAUAUUGACUGUUGCUGUGUGUACUGAUGGAAACAAAAGAUUAAACAAUACGCUCCUACACACACAUAAAUGCUGUAAACGAUUGCCCUUGCUCGGUAUUGAACACUACAUUGCGCAGUGAUUGCAAAGCUAUUUAACAAACAAUAAAUGAAUUUAAGUAUG